AAGCACUCGCAGUAUAAGCCAAACUCUUUUAUAGGAAUCAUCAUGGCAAAGGCAAGUGAAGACGAGUUGAUAGACCUGCCCAGUUGGUUGGAUGAACAUAUGUUUAUAGAAUUCCUGCAACGCGACUUUAAAGACUUCAAAGCCAUUAAAGAAUUUGAGGUGGAGCAGACAAGUGGCAAGGGCGAAAACUUUACAUGUUUGGUGGUGCGCGUCAAGAUUACCGUGGAGCUGAAUGAUGGAAGCCAAGCAGCUACGUCGUAUAUAGUCAAAUUAUUGCCCACAACAUCGAGCACACGUGAUAUGAUUGCCAGUUGGAAGAUCUUUGAUAAGGAAAAGCUAACCUACAGCAGUUAUAUACCUGAAUUUGAGCAAAUGUUUAGGGACCACAACAAAGAGUUGGUAUUUGGUCCCAAAUACUAUCAGCCAACAAACCCAGCGAGCGCCGAGCUGGUCAUCUUGGAAGACCUGGGAAAUCGGAGUUUUAAGAAUGUGAAUCGCCAGAAAGGUUUCGACAUGGCGCAUACUAAAGCAGCUCUCGAUAAAUUGGCCCUAUUUCAUGCAGCAUCUGCAGUUCGCUUUGAGUUGAAAGGCGCCUAUCCGGAAAUAUAUGACCGAAAUCUUUGCAGUGAGGAGGAUAAAUUCCAAGAGUUCCGUGAUACGCAAGCCAAGUCCUUGAUCAAGGCACUGCCUUACUAUGAGGCGACUUAUUUGGAGAGCGAAUUGAAAACCUAUACUUCCAUCGCCCCGGAUAUGUUCCAGGCCCAUGCGCCCAAGUUUGAGGACGAGUUCCGUUGCCUCAAUCAUGGCGACUUUUAUUGCAACAACAUUAUGUUCCAGUAUGAUCAACAGGGAGGAAUAAAGGAAACGUACUUUAUCGAUCUGCAAAUGAGUCGAUAUGGCUCUCCUGCACAGGAUUUGAUCUACAUGUUGCUCUCCUCGGUUUCAUUUGAGCUCAAGUUCACGAAAUUUGAUUACUUUGUCUUUUACUACCACAGCAAACUAGUUGAGUACCUGAAACUUUUGCAUUAUACCCAGCCACUGCCCACGUUGAGGGGACUACAUGUGGCAAUAAUAAAUCAUGGCGACUGGGUUUACCCGGUUGUGUCGCUUCUGCUGCCUCUCGUGCUCAUCGAUCCCAGCGAAAAGACUAACAUGGACACAAUGAUGGAUCAGGAGGGCGAAGGUGACCAACUGAGAACGACCAUGUUUGGGCACCCAAGUGUUGUCCAGCAAUACAAGCAAUUGCUGCCAUGGGCACACGACCGCGGUCUCUUUGUGUACAAGCAAUAGUGAUAGCUAUUUCUAAUACCAAUAAAAUAAUGUACAAAUGUAG